AUGUUUAAAAAAUUUGACGAGAAGGAAAAUGUCUCAAAUUGUAUACAAUUGAAAACAUCAGUGAUAAAAGGGAUCAAGAGCCAGCUGCUGGAUCAGUUUCCUGACAUGGAGUCAUGGCUCAAUCACAUCAUGCCAAAGAAGGACCCUGUCAAAAUAGUGCGAUGCCACGAACACAUUGAAAUCUUGACCGUGAACGGAGAGUUGCUGUUCUUCAGACAACGAGAAGGACCCUUCUACCCUACCCUCAGACUGUUGCAUAAAUAUCCAUUUAUUCUUCCUCACCAGCAAGUAGACAAAGGGGCCAUCAAAUUUGUCCUAAGUGGCGCCAACAUCAUGUGUCCCGGACUGACGUCACCAGGCGCUAAACUCUACCCGGCUGAAUUGGACACAGUAGUUGCCAUUAUGGCAGAAGGCAAACAACACGCACUGUCCGUUGGCGUCAUGAAGAUGUCAGCAGAGAGCAUAGAAAAAGUCAACAAGGGUAUCGGCAUCGAGAACAUUCACUAUCUGAACGACGGCUUGUGGCACAUGAAGACGUAUAAAUGA